AGGUAUAGUUGGACCAAGCUAGCCAUUUAUGGGAAGUAAAUUUGUUUGGUCGUGUGGAUCUGAUUUCAUCUUCUCACUGGCAGGGCAGUCUCUGUCUUAGAGCUACUCAGACACGAUAAUUCUUUGAUUCUAUUCCAUUUGGAGCGGCAAUGGGUGCACGGCAUGCAUUCACAGACGAGGGUCAUGUUGCCCGCUGCAUUUGAGGUCGCUGAAAUAGAUAAUCUUGCUCUUCUCAUAGCUAAUAUGCUUGAACGAUUGAUCGCUCAUAAUGACAAGAUACCACUUCUACCCGAGAGCCUCACCCGAUUUCACUCGAGAACCGUACCAAACAUCAGCGUCCUCGAUUAUCUCCGGCGUAUAAUCAAAUGGACAAAAGUCGAGAAAUCAUGCCUUCUCCUCACCCUGCACUACGUCGACCAAAUCUGCGCCCGCAUGCCCCUCUUCACCCUCUCCUCCCUCACCUGCCACCGCUUCAUAAUCGCAUCCAUCACAGUCUGCAGCAAAGGCCUCUGCGACUCUUUUUGCACAAACGCUCUCUACGCCCGCGUAGGCGGCAUACCCGUCCCAGAACUAAACAUCCUCGAACGCGAAUUCCUUCACGCAAUAGACUGGCGCUUAAUGUGCACUCGCGAAGUCCUUCAGGAAUAUUACACAAACCUCGUCAGGACGGAUAGCUCGGGCCGCUUUGGGCUUGAAGGCGCACCGGAGGAGGUGGAGGAUAGCGAUAUGGACAGCGUGUCUUCUCGCUCAGCGUCUCCUAUGGACGCACACUGGCAAGUCCGCCAUCGUCCGUCGUUUAACCUCCUGAACAAUCUCGAGUCUUCGAACGUUUUGGGAGAUACUGCUACGCUUCCUACUAUCGAACAGAACAUGGCGUUUGCUGCUUUGCAGCAUUCGUUGAAGAAGCCACCAUAGGCGCAGGAGUUCGGUUUAUUGCACCGACGGCAUCGUACGUACGUACGGACGGACGGACGCACUUACCGGUGACAUUUCUCGUCACCGGCUUAUCACCUCGCGCCACAAGAUUGACGUUUAGUCAUCCUGGCGCUAUGCAUCAACUUUCACCCUCCAAGUUCUUUCCCUGUCCUCAUACAUACGUGAUUUGCUUUCACGAGAACAACUCCCUACGUAUAUGUUAGACAUAUACACGCGGCGCGCAAAAAUCAUCAAAUUGUAAUCACCACAAAACAUAACUUACAAAGAUGACCAAAAUUCAGUGAAUGACAUG